AUGGCUUCAUCUCUCGGAUCUAGUCGCUCGGACCCGGUUCCGUGCAUGCCAAGCCCGCAACAUCGACCAAUGAACUGCGAGCUUCCCAGCCUCCUGCCGAGCCUCCUGCCCGGCGAUCCUACGCAGUCACUCAUUUUGUAUGACCCCACAGCGCCUCUCGAAACCACUGCCUGUGUUUGUUCCUCCGAAUCCUGUGCCUCCUCCGAAUGCCAGACACAUCCCGAUACCAGUGUUUCCGCAGAGUCAUGGACCUUCCCGGUUCCCCCUCUCAGUCGGGCAUACAGUACUCCAGAUAAGGGAAUCUCUGCAAUCAAUGGAUUUGCCCAGCCCCAUGGCUACGCUGUCACUGUUCUACGAUCCAAUGUCUCAGAGGAAGGAGUAAAGCAGACAGUCCACCUUAUUUGUGAACACGCGCGCAAAGGGAAGCAAGAAGAUCAUGCUCCUAUGAAGGAAAGCCAUACACGCGCAUUGUCGUGCCAAUUCACUGCGACACUUCGACCCGAUUUGGCAACUGGAAACUGGCGUCUGACCGUUCAGAAUACAACACACAGUCACGGGCCAUCUGUUGCUUCGACGCAUCCUGUUCACCGUACCCGUGAACUUCUACAACAAGAGGAUUUCAUCAUAGCCGCCCUUCGGCAAGGACGUGCAGUUUCUCAAAUCCUGACUGAUAUCCGCGAAGCAAACCCCGAGAGUUGUUUGAUCCCACGCGAUUUCUGCAACAUCAGAUGGAAGUUGAGAAAUUGA